CACCCCUUUUUUGCAGAAGCUAGAGCUGUACACAAGCUAGCUCGGUGCUGACUCAAGAAUCUACUCUGCUGCUAGCUAGAGACGACACUCAUGAGGAGCACAUGGUCCGAACGAGAGAAGUUUUAUGAGACUUUGAUUCUAGACAGCUCCUGUAUUUGUACCAGCAUAUCAAGUAGUAAUGGCUAGCAGUCAAGGAGCAAGUCAGCUGUUCCAGGUCCUGUAUCUCGGCAGUACACGGGUGGACAGACACUGCUCGCACACCAUCAUGCCCUGGAUCGCAGAGGAACUGAAACUACGAACAGAGCAGAAGAUAUUCACCUGGCUUAAUCCUGGUGAAAACGGGGUGUCAUAUGUGGCCAACACUGGAGUGGAGUUAUUUCACCACGCUUACUCCACCAUACUCCGCUGUGCCACCGGAGUAGACGGCAUUACCUUUGCUUACAUCAUCAGAGAGGAGGAUGGGAGUCGCUAUACCUGCCAUGUGUUCCAGUGUCUAACUCCUGAAGAGGCUAACAGCUGAUGAAGAGCUCAGGGCGAGUGCCCAAGGCGACAGUGAAGCCACGCCCACCACUGCCAAUCUGCCUCCUCCGACAAGCUACGUGGUGUAUUACGUGGGCAGCGUUGGAGUUCGUUCUUCGACCCACUCGAGCGACCUGCUGGACUCUCUGCUGGAGAAACACUGCACCAGCAGAGACGCAGGAAACUCAGCAGAAGAGAGAUACUGCCUCAGCUAAUGAGGACACAAACACAGCACAAAGAAAGCCGUCAGCAACAAUCUACACAUGACAGUGGCAGAGAAGACGUCACCACAUCAGUCUCUUCACGACUCAAGGGAGAAGAGGGAGAGGGGGGAAUAUUGGGUAAUGGAGGAGAGGGGGAAAUCUAUGGGAUAGGGGAAGGGGGGCGGGUGGAAGGGGAAGGGGGAGAAAGGAGAAUGGGCAUCAGAGAUUCUCGGUCGCAAGGCUCUUCAGUGGCGGAGGGUGGGAGAGGAAUGAGGAGGGAGGACAGCUGUGAUGUGUCCAUCAGGCUCACCAGGGCCACUCCAGAGAGGUUGUUUCGUGACGAGGGAGAGAUUGAGGGGCAAGGGGAGGAGGAGAGAGCGGUUGAGAAGGAGGAGGUGAACGGUGAAGAGACAGAGGCCGAGAAGUCGCUGAGUCUUCUUCCCGAUAGAGGAGCGGAGUUUGUCUACAAUUCUGACAACGACGACGACUCUCACACGACAGGGAGCAGUACUUCCUGCAACACCCCAGAUCCCACCGGCCGAGUGGGGGAUCUUACUCCAACUAACGGAGUUACUCCGGCUUACUCUGACCCCAAACUCUUCGACAGGCACCAGAAGUUGUUGGUUCAAGAGCAGGAUGAACGCCCAGCCUCCUGUCCCCCUCCCCCUGUAGACCAUACAAAGAACAUUGGCGAAAAUCUGGAGAGGGAGAGAGAAGACAGUCCGGGUUUUCAGGCAACUAGUGAGCUCAAUAAUGAAGGGAGUGCCCCACCAAAUGAGGUAGAGGGUGGAGCUGGGCCUGUUGAGGGUCUGCCACACACGCUGCAGAAUGGAGCCGUGGAGGAAGUCGGGGAUUCUAGUUUUGACACCUCCCCGAGUUGACUGGUCUCAGAGAUACUCCCCAGUUCAAGGCUCUGGGUCCAGGGGAGGGAGGGGGAGGAGGAGGAGGGGAGGGAGGGGAAGAGGUGAGACUGGUGAUAGCUCCCAACAUGGUCCAGGUGGUCAGUGCCGAUGGGUCAAAGGUCAUUCUGAGGCGCACAAUUCGCAGCAUUGCCUGCUGCACACAGGGAGAAAAGAGAGCAGAGUUUGUUGGAUUUGUAUGUCGAGAAGGCCAGAGCAAACAGAGCCACAUCUGUCACAUAUUCAGAGCUGCAUCUCAAGCCAUGGCAACUGCAGUGAUGGACUCAUUCAAGUCGUCAUUUGUCGAGGCCCUCAACUCCUCUCCGUCUGCCAUGUGUGACUCGUGUCCCCUCAAACAGCUGCACCUCCUCUGUCAGAGUCUGGAAGGCGUAUCAACUCCAGUGGCGCAGUCCAGGAUCCAAGAAUGUCUGUCACAACUGAGUGAGGGUGACUACAACUGUAUCAUGUCGGAAUACAAGUCAUCAGAACACGCCGACCACGAGUUCACUCAGCUGGUGGUCCUGGUGUCUCUAAUUAGAGAGCACCUCCAGAAGAAACAGGAGGAACACAUCCACCCCAUCACCACCACCUCGUCCUCCGAUGGCAGUCUUCUUCAGACCAAGAACCACCAACCUGUCAAACCGGUACGACUCUCGAAACUCGAGCGGGCAAAACUGGCUCUCACGAGCUCGUUUGACAACCUCCGGAAGGGUAGUACGGGGAAAACGACAGAGAAACGAACGAGACAAUUUGGGAAGUCGCUCACCACGGACGAUGCCGCUGGUCCUGUUUCUUCUCUCCUGGCGACCCAAGACAGACGAGCGUCACUAGACCCAAAGCUACUGGCAGAGAAGAGAGGGAAAAUGGGGCUGGAGAGGAGCUCUUCUGCGAAGGUUCCCGCGGCUUUAAUGGAGGGAGGAGGGGAUAGUAGCGGAGGAGAGGAGAUGGGAGGGAGGGUGGGAGGGAGGACUCGAACUGGGAGCUGGCUACAGAGGUUCCGUGGCUCUAAACAGGCAGCGAGCUCGUCGCAGGACGAGGAAUCGGAUGGAGAGAUGGCAACCCAGCAACAGAUGACGACAUGUGAGGGAGGAGAAGAGGAGAGGAGGGAGCCAUCGCCCGUGGGUUCGUCCUCACCGAAGGAAAUCAGACCGGCUCAUAAACUGGAGAGAUUUGAGGGCAAGGAAGACCUCCCCGCUUCUCCUCUUACUACCAGUCCUCUCGAGAAAUCUUACCCCCCUGCCCCCCCUCCGACCCUC